AGGCGUGCAUGAAAGGGCCUGUGAAGUCACGGCGAGGCGAUGAUGGGCGCCACUCGAUCCAUGAUCUAGCCCGACCCAUGCGCCAUCUGAUAAGCCAACGCCCUUUCUUUCUGGCAUUCGGCCGGCGGUCCAAUCACUCGGCGGGGGCGCAACGUGGGCGGCGCGGGAAUGACGCGCCAAAAGUGCGUAGUUUCCGAUAAUUAAGUCCUUGCGUCAAAGCUUCCGUCGCCUUCGUCACCACUUGUACCUGCCUAUCACCCCAGAAAACAAUGCGCAGUACGCCCUUUUCGCGCAUCCAGCCCUCUGACACCACAACCCUCAUCGCUGAGAGGUAACACGCCGUUCCGCUGCCAUUCCGACCAAGGGCAACAUGGCCACGGCCACCCAGCGAGCCGAGGAAGCGGACCCGAGCGGUGUGGGCGAAGUGUCGCUCGGACAAAAGAUGUUGUCUGCCGUAUCUGGCAGUGUCCUCACGUCGCUACUAGUCACACCCCUCGACGUCGUCCGCGUACGAUUACAAUCACAAGAAACCGUCUCGAGCACAGCGCCAAGGUCACGCGGGUACGGUGCAACACUCACUCAAUUCCGCGAUUUGCCUCCGAACCUCGGCAUAUCGUCUUGCUGUAGAGAAGUCUUCUGGAUGAACAACAAGGCACCUUUCUGUGUGGCGGGGCCGACCAUGGCACCCAUCAACCCCGCCGAUCUGAGCUGUGCGGUAGAGGAGGUUGAACGGAAGACAAUAAAUAGCACAUGGGAUGGGCUACGCAAGAUUGCACAGAAUGAGGGACCGCGGACACUCUGGAGAGGACUGUCACCAACACUGGUCAUGGCAGUACCUGCAAAUGUCAUCUACUUCGCCGGAUACGAUUGGCUGCGGACAGCGCAAGCUUCGCCACUACGACAAACUGUAUCCGAUGCGUACAUACCAUUAGUGGCGGGAGCGACUGCCCGAAUACUUGCUGCGAUAGCGGUAGGCCCAAUCGAAAUAUUCCGAACACGAAUGCAGGCAGCGAACUCCACCGCCACCGCCGCCGGACAUUUUCGAGACACAAUGGACGGACUGAAAGACAUGGUCGGCAACCAGGGAGUCUUCAGUCUAUGGCGGGGCCUCACAUUGACCCUCUGGCGCGACGUACCCUUCUCGGCCUUCUACUGGUGGGGUUAUGAAGCCACAAGAAACGUUUUAACCGAUCAACGAGGACGGAGAGAGGCAAGAAACGAUGGUUUCGAGUUCCGCAUGGGCCGCGGUGAGGAGAGGGUACAACGAAGAAGCAGAUCUCGAAGUCAGGAAAACCACAGAGAUACACUGGUCGAUAGCUUCAUUGCCGGUGCCACCUCAGGAGCAGUCGCGGCCUUUGUCACCACACCAUUCGAUGUUGGAAAGACACGACAACAAGUUGCGCGGCACAUGGGCGAGACCGCCAAAGACAUCGCGAACUCGACACGGCCAGAAGACCAAUCUAUGCCACGAUUCCUGAUGCACAUCUACCGCGAACAAGGCAUGCCAGGCUUGUUCAAGGGUUGGGCUGCCAGAUGUCUCAAGAUCGCACCGGCGUGUGCUAUCAUGAUCAGUUGCUACGAAUUCAGUAAGAAGAUGGCCCUGGAUAUGAAUGAACGACGAGAACGGGAACGACAGGAAGCAUGAUUUGCCACACUUCACAGCACCGACCCUGGUGCAGCUUACACUUCGCAUCGAGCACUCACGUUUUUGGCUUCACAUUUUUCAUGACGAUUGCAUAACGGCGCAUUAGGAGCAUGAUGGUCGAAACCCACUCACACUUGCAUUGACGGCGUUUCUUGCAGAUAGCGGGCGGUCUUUUCUUUGAGCCAUAAGUAUGGUCGACAGCGAUACCAGCGAAUACGUUUUGCGCAUUACAUGUGCAAUAUUCCAUAAUGUAAAACACACAUUACUAAUCA